AUGACGAGGUCCAUUACUCCUGACUGUAGGAGAAACCAUCGAGUCAAGCUGUUACGACUUAAACCCAGCCGCUUCGACGAUUCGCUGGAUUCACUCUUUCAUUAUGAGCCGAGCCACAUAGAUGCCGAGGCGAGAGGUACAACAGAAUCCUCCGAGGCGUCUGUUUCACCGAGCCCUUCCAAUCGUUCAUCUGACGAGGCGUCAAAUCAUGCAAAUCCGUCAGACGACGGCUCUCCAGAUGACGAGCCGUCGGUUUCGACGAGCCAUCCCCAGGAUCCCGUUCCUGACGAAGAUAUCAAUCGCGCCGCAGUCAAAGCCGAGGAGGAGGCUUUUCCCUUUGACCUAUUUGAGGCGAAGCGUGAGUUAGAACGUCUCAUGGCAUCCCGAGGUGCUUCCACAUCUGGGCGAGGGCCACGAGUUAAAAGAAAAAAGCCUGACCCGCCUGGCUCUACGUUUUCCUCCCUUGAGUCGCUCGAGGCAUCGCUUUGGGAUAUCCAAGGCGGUGGAGUUUGUCGUUCCAAAGAAGAGCGACCGAGCCGACAAGCCUCCCGAGAAUCACUUCACUCUAUCAUGCCGAGGAGUCUGCGGCACAUGAUCGGCAUUUUGGUUCGGAGCUUCGAAUGCGGGGUCGAUAUUGAACUGAAUCACCUGCUGAACUUGCUGGAAAUCAGGAAAGCCCCGAAGGGAAAUAGAUUCUACAUUUCCAACAAGUCCAACCGCCGGAUUAUAGGCGCUUUCCAAGCAAAGACCAUUCGGAGCAUUCUCCCCCCAAUUCCCGACAACCUCUUUGUUGUUCGAGACUCUCUUUCGGCUCGGAAGGUCAAUUGGAGGAAAAAUUUCACCCUCGAGAGAGUGGAAAAAGCCCAAGCUAUCCUCGCCGGAGUCCCUGUCAGUUCUUCACCCUCCAGUUCUUCAAGAGAUACCCGAGAGAAGAUGGUGAUAAUCACUCUCAGAGAUAAGAAGAGGCGUGAAGAAGAAGAAGCCGCGAGACGAGCUGCCGAGGCGGCUCAAGCGCAGAUCAAGGCGAUCCCUAAGCCCGAUCCGCCGAGCCGGGAAGGAGUCGAAACGGUCCAAGCCGCGGAGGCGAAUACUGCCGAGGCGGCCGAGAAAGAUGCAGCGCCCGAGGUGGAACUGGGCGAAAUUAUUCCCGAGGCGUCCAGGGAUGACUCGGCGGCGCGGAGUAAAACUCCUUCGAACUCCGCCAUUCUGGCCGCUGACAAGGGGAAAGGCGUUGCUGUUCGAAAAGACGAGCCGUCCAAGAAGAGGCGGAAGCCAACGCCCGGAGACCCUGCUGCGCGCAAAUUGGUCGUCGACGACCCCGAUUACUCUGCCGUGGUGUUCGUGCGCGUUAAUAACGCGAACACGCGUCUUCCUCUUCCGGAAAAGCUGAGGAGGCCGAGGUCGUACGGCGCAAUGGCACAUUUGAUGGCUGAAUACGAGGCGGACCUGUCUAAGGUCGAACGCCGCUUGGACGAGGCUCGAAACGAGACCGCGGCGACGAAGGGGAAGCUGGACGAGGCGAUGUCUAGAGUAUCAAGGCUGGAAGAGGAGAAGAUAGUUCUCUGCGCCGACGUGGACAAGGUCUCCGCCUCGGUGAUUCGCCUAGAGGAGGCUAGGAGAGCCAAAAGCGCCGAGGUGGUGUUGCUCAAAAGGCGAAUCGAGGCCAAGGAUGCCCUGUUCGAAGCCAAGGUCAAGCGCGCGAAGAAGGAGGCGAGGCGAGAGCUGACUGCUAAGUUUCAGGAACGCCUCGCCAAAGUAGAGGAGGGUCUGGCCAAGCUCGAGAAGGCCAAAACCGACGAGAACGAGCUGGGGCAAAUCAAGGGUAACCUUGCGAUGAUCGCUGAUCUGAAGAAACCGGACGCCCCAACGCUCGACGACGAGGAGGCGUAG